GUCAGUCAGCGUGCGAAAGUCUCGCGGUUCGCUGAUCCUACCGUUGUCGCGCAGUCUGCUUCCGAACGGCAACCAGAGUGGAUGCAACCUACUACCACCUACUACCCAAAGCCAGCGCUGAUAGAACAGAAUCUUUCUUCGACUUCGACGAACGAAUUCUAAACUUAGAGCCGUUGCGGUUGUUCGGAUCGUCCGGGCCGUACCUGAAGUGCAAGUGGCACGAGCUCGCGCGCGCGGUUGAUUGGUUAUUUACGACCAAGACAGGGCGAACAAUCGUGAAAGCAGUGCGUGCCGCCCGGAGUGGAAGACCGGGAAGAAAGUGAGAGUGACAUAAAUUGGUGCAGCCGUGUCACGGCGAAUUUUGUUGGGGAAAAAACCAAGCCGAGAAAUUUCGGAAAACCGACAACGCGAGCCAAAGAUUUAUCCAAUAACGAGGAAAGAUGUUCAAACUAGCUGUCGUCCUUCUGGUGUUCAGUUUGGUGGAAGCAAAUCGUUUCCGCGCUGAAUACCCUGGCCCUUAUUGCGCGGCUCGUCGCUACGACAAGUGCUGCCAUGAACGACAGGAUGGCUGCUCGCAACCAAUCUCAACUACUCUCUGUUACUGCGAUGAAUUCUGUGAACGUGGUGAUCAUGGCGAUUGUUGCCCAGAUUACGAAGAAGUGUGCUUGGGGAUACAACCAGAUCCAGUCUACGAACCUUGUUCGCAUAACGGUCAAUCGUUUACACCUUUCGAUCCUCCCGUAGUGGAUAACUGCAACACUUGCAAAUGUACCGGUCAAGGGGACAAAGUCUGCACGAAUGAUCUCUGCUUGGUGGAUAACGACCUGUUGAAGCAGCUGCACCACCUGGAACGGUCGAUCGGGUGGCAGGCCACCAACUACAGCGAAUGGUGGGGCCACAAGUACGAUGAAGGCAAAGUGAUGCGGCUGGGAACGUUCUACCCGAAGAUCAAGGUCAAGUCGAUGACCCGGCUGACCAACGGGCAGGAUCAUUUGCCGUCGCACUUCGAUGCCACCAACUACUGGCCCGGUUUCAUCGGAGAAGUUAGAGAUCAAGGUUGGUGCGGAUCCUCGUGGGCCAUUUCGACUGCAUCGGUCGCUUCCGAUCGCUUUGCCAUCCUAUCGAAGGGGCGUGAAACUGUGCGGCUGGCUCCUCAGCAGAUCAUUUCCUGCGUGCGCCGAAGCCAGGGUUGCAGUGGAGGACAUUUGGAUACCGCAUGGAACUACUUCCGCAAAGUUGGAACUGUCAACGAGGAGUGCUAUCCAUACAUCUCGGCUCACAAUGUUUGUAAAAUUCGCCCUUCGGACACUUUAAUCACUGCCAACUGUGAACUGCCAACCAAGGUCGAUCGUACCAACAUGUACAAAAUGGGCCCGGCCUUCAGUCUGAACAACGAAACCGAUAUCAUGAUCGAAAUUAAAAACCAUGGACCCGUACAAGCUAUCAUGCGCGUCCACCGCGACUUUUUCUCGUACAGGGGCGGUGUCUACCGCCACUCGGCAGCCGCAACUUCAGCUGAUCAACGAGCCGGUUAUCACUCAGUGCGACUGAUUGGUUGGGGAGAGGAGCGCAAUGGCUAUGAAGUCAGCAAGUACUGGAUUGCCGUCAACUCAUGGGGCACGUGGUGGGGUGAAAAUGGUCGCUUCCGGAUUCUGCGCGGAAGCAACGAGUGUGAAAUCGAAAGCUACGUUUUGGCUUCCCUCCCGUACGUCCACCAGCAGGUGAAAAAAAUGCGACAGAUUGGCGAGCUGCAAGAGAUGAUCGUUGGUACCGGCUUCGCUCCACAUCCCAGCCGGAGAUACCCUCCGUACGGUCGUCGAUCCGGUUAAACGGUCACAUCCACUCUUGGUCCUGCCUCGAUCGAGAUAACAAAAAAGAUAGGAGAUGAAAAAAAAAACGUUGUACAGUAUUAGUAAGAAAUGUUUCGGAGCCCUCUGUAGAAUGGAUCUGAAAGAGCUUAUUCACCACGCAAGCUAGGGUUGAUAUCGAUCGAAAAGAUAAUGGACGCCUCCAAUUCUACAAUCCAAAACUCUAAAAAAAAAAGCAAACAAACGAAUAUAAUAUAAUUUCCAAUGUAUACUGCCUUCUGGAACUCUCCUCCAUUUUUUAGUAGCGGAAAAGUAUGAGUUUAAGCAUUGUAAUCCCCUCACAGUUAGCAAGUUUCGCUUCAAAGAGCACUAGUCGACAAUGCAAACAUGUAAAUCAAAGUGUUCAAAUUCUCAAAAUUGUUACGAAAGUUAAUAUUAUUUUUUUGGUUUAGCUUGAUUUAAGUCAAAAUUGGAUUAAAUUUAUCUUAGUUGCUAGUUGUUAAGAAGCCUUAGUUACCUUUAAUCCCGAUAAGCGAGUAAUGCUAGUGAGGAACGUUGAGAUAAUUGUGAAGUGAAACAAACGAAUCAUUGUGCCAAAAUGGACACAGAAGAGAGAGAAAAACAAUACAAGUAGGAAUUCGGAGAAAAGUUAAUUUGUUUAUUGGCACAGCUUGGUAAAGUUUUGUGUUAGUCUGCAAUCUAUUCAGAAUAGAUGAUGGAUAUUGAUCCAGAGGAAGCAUCCCUCUGACUUCGAUUUAUUACUGAAUGUAAAUCUUGACCGUUGUAAUCGUCAAUUUAUUGUUUAGAGAAUUAAAUGUGUUCAUAAGCCAAUACCAA